AUGGCUGCUCCCCGUGUUUUCCGCCCAGCAGCUCGUCUGCUCUCUUCGCGCCAUUCUACCUCAUUACGCCCUUCCUUUUCGCAAUCUGCAUGCGCUCCUUCACUUCUACGUUUCCGGAGUUAUGCUACGGCAGGCAAUGUCAAGGAGGUCACUGUUCGAGAUGCACUGAACGAAGCUCUCGCAGAAGAGCUGGAAAGCAAUAAAAAGACUUUCAUCCUUGGAGAGGAAGUCGCACAGUAUAACGGAGCCUACAAAGUGACACGAGGUCUAUUGGAUCGUUUCGGACCUAGGCGGGUUAUUGAUACCCCCAUCACAGAAGCAGGCUUUUGCGGUCUGGCAGUUGGUGCAGCCCUUGCUGGCUUGCACCCUAUUUGCGAGUUCAUGACCUUUAAUUUUGCCAUGCAAGCCAUUGAUCAGAUCAUCAACUCGGCUGCGAAGACCCAUUAUAUGUCUGGAGGUAUCCAGCCUUGCAACAUUACAUUCCGUGGGCCAAAUGGAUUCGCCGCCGGUGUCGCCGCUCAGCACUCGCAGGAUUACUCAGCUUGGUACGGAAGUAUUCCUGGACUGAAGGUUGUUUCGCCCUGGAGUUCCGAGGAUGCGAAGGGUUUGUUGAAAGCUGCUAUCCGUGAUCCCAACCCUGUCGUGGUUCUGGAAAAUGAGCUCAUGUACGGCCAGGCCUUCCCCAUGAGCGAGGCAGCCCAGAAAGAUGAUUUUGUCCUCCCUAUCGGCAAAGCAAAGAUAGAACGCCCUGGAAAAGACCUAACCAUUGUUUCCCUGUCUCGUUGCGUUGGACAGUCCCUCAACGCUGCUGCCACCAUCAAGCAGAAAUACGGGGUCGAAGCCGAGGUGAUCAAUCUGCGCUCUAUUAAGCCUCUCGAUGUGGAGACGAUAAUUCAGUCACUCAAGAAGACGGGCCGCCUCAUGGCCGUCGAAUCUGGAUUCCCAAUGUUUGGCGUCUCUUCUGAAAUUAUGGCCUUGUCCAUGGAAUAUGGUUUCGACUACCUGACUGCCCCUGCUGCCCGUGUAACUGGUGCCGAAGUGCCGACGCCUUACGCCGUUGGCCUUGAGCAGCUGAGCUUUCCCCAGGAGGACACGAUUGUCGGUCAAGCUGCAAAGCUACUCCGUCUGUAA